AUGGGGCAUCCUCGAGUCUUCCGCAACUCAGAGGAAAGGUUCCGAUGGGAAAGGCGCCGUUCUCGUGUGAAAGAGGAGGCGGCCUGGGAACCGGCGCGCGGGUCACAGGUCGCCGGGAUAAUUACGGACGCAACUUUGCCGGCGCACGCGCAGCCCAUUGGGGUGCACCGGGCAUUUCUGAUUUCACAUCCGCCCACGUGCGCUGCCAAUAAACAAAUGUCUAGCAAUCGGCGUAAUGAAGGUGGAGAGGGGGGGGGGGGGGGGGACAAGGGCGUCGCGUGGCGGCCACGCGACAGCAUUAAAGUCCUCCAU